AUGUCAGUGCCAAAAGCGGUAACCCCGAGCUACACUCGGGCUUACAAUGCGGCGCUGCAUAGGGAGUCCCUGCAGAGCUCACCUUGUCCUUCGCUCCCGCUAUGUGUCCCCUGCAGCGUCCCCCGGCCAUCUCCUCCGGCCGAUGCCAGCAUCCGGCUUCUGUGUUCCGGUCCCUGUGACGUCGGGACGUACGGGUGCCGCCGGCGGUGGGAAAUUUGAAAAUUUAAAAAAAAUGUCAUUUUUUUCAAAACAAAUUUUUCAUAUGCUUUGUCCUGUGCCCUGCCUGCAUUUUGUCUGUUCUUUC